CUUGGGUAUGGUCGUGGACCACCUUGACAACCUGGAAGAUGUUGUGCCAAUCCUGAAGCAGCUUGGUGGUCGCCAUGGCACCCAGGGCUACAACAUUCCACAGGAAUACUUUCCCUACCUGGGACGUGCCAUGAACGACAAAAUGGAAUCAACCGUGUCUACCUUCAACAAAACCACGGAAAAUGCCUGGAAUGAGCUGUACUCCUGGGUGACAGACCAGAUCACCGCCGGCCAGAAGGAAUACACUGCCGACCAGGCCAAGUAAACCGUUGCCAGCAGCACCACAACUACAGGAAAUGCUCUCCCAUACAAAGGCUACAAGACCGGAAACGGACAUGGACAAGGCUUGAAAACUAAUGAACUGUAGGCCUACGCUAAAACCCGC